AUGGGACUGGCUGUGCUGUUCAUCACGGCCUUUAUCGGCCUGGCCAAAGGCCUGGCUUCGACCGAUACCAUCACUUGGGGUGGUGACAAUUCCAGAACUGGAUACCAGACCAACCACAACAUGGAUCCUUCCGUCGUUGGGAGUUCUUCAUUUGGUCAAUUGUUCCAAACUCGACUUCCUGGCACCUAUGCCGGUUCUGCCGAACAAAUCUUUUCUCAGCCUCUCGUCUAUACGCCCAGCGGCGGGACUAAGCAGUAUGUGUAUAUAGCUACACAACAGAACAAUAUUUACAAGCUCGACGCAAAGACGGGCGACAUUGUUGCCUCCAGAAAUCUUCACAUCCCUUUCUUGGCUGCAGACCUUGAUGGAUGCGUUGACAUCAACCCCAAUAUUGGAAUCACGGCAACGGGUGUGAUUGACCCUGAUACCGAUACCAUCUACUACACCUCAAAGACAUAUGUCGACCAAACCGCAUUGGGUGUACCGCAGGGUCGUGAUGCUGGCCGAUACUUUUUUCACGCGUUAGACGCCAAUGAUCUCAGCGAGCGGCCCAACUUUCCAGUUCCUCUUGAUGGCAUUAUUGCCCGCAACAACGACUUGCGAAUGUUCACUGGUGGAAUUCACCUCCAACGAACCGCGUUGCUUCAUAGCGGCCAGUUUAUCUACGGUGGGUUUGCGUCACAUUGCGUCCAGUACAAUUUCACCGGCUGGAUCAUGGGCUGGGACAAGACUACCGGCAAGGUGGUUGAGCACUACGCCAUGGAAGGCAAGGGCGUUGCAAACGAUAUCAAAGGUGCUGGCGUUUGGAUGUCUGGCGGAGGCAUUGCUUCUGAUGACGCUGGCUCUAUUUGGUACGCGACUGGAAACGGCUACGCGUCUCAACUAGCCAAUGUUCCUGUCAAGGGCUUCAAUCCUCCCACGUCGUUGGAAGAGGCUGCUGUUCACAUGACAAUUAACUCAAACGGUAGUCUGAGUCUGGUGGAUUUCUUCAUGCCAUGGGAGAAACAGGCUUUGGACGGCGCCGAUAAAGAUCUCGGCACUAGUCCUCUCGAGAUCCUGCCGAGUGAAUUCGCUUGUGGCGAUGUAAAGCGCAUCGGUGUUGUUACUGGCAAAAGUGGCAAGACAUACUGGCUGAAUUUGGACAACUUGGGUGGCUACAGAAACGGGCCCAACAAUUUGGAUGAUGCUAUUCAAGUCUACCAGAACGACAACUCCGUCUAUGCUGGCGCCGGUGUCUAUCCUCUAGAAGGCGGCUACAUCUACAUCAACGUUAUUCAACACCCGUCCAAUGUCUUCAAGUUUUCAUGUACCGAUGGCGUUCCUUCGUUUACCAAAGUUGCCACGACUCCGGAAACGAAUGCCUACAUCCUCGGCGUCAGCCAUGGAACCACCACAUCCCUCAACGGUCAGCCAGGAACUGGUCUUCUCUGGGUGACAGAUGUUCAAGGUUUGAAUCUCCGCAUCUACGACGCCGUCCCCAAAAAUGGACUGCUCAACAUGAUCAAUUCGUUCAACAUCCCUGGCGUCAUGAAGUUCACCCGACCUGUCUUUGGAGAUGCCAUUGUGUACGUUGGUACCAACCAGGGCCUUUUCUAUGGUUUCGGAUCGCCCGUUAACGCACCUCUCAACUGCACAUCCCCUGUUGCAUUUGGCAAUGUUGACUUGAAAACAUCUAGCGCUUCCCAGUCUGUUGAAUGCACGGCCCUGAUUGACGUUACCGUUACUGGUGUUGGGCUUGACUCUACCAAAGACUUUAGCAUAUCCGGUCUUCCCAAUACACCUCUCCAGUUAGCAGAAGGGGAGUCCUUUACUAUCCAAGCCAAGUUCAGCCCUACCGUCGUCGGACUCAUUUCAAACGAUAUUGUCGUUAACACCACGAAUGGUGUUGGCGGCUACAGCCCUAAUACCCACGCCCGACUGACUGGAACUGGCCAAAGCCCUGGUCCUCUACUAUCUGCCGCCCCAACCACGAUUACCUUCCAAGGUGUUGUUACUGGGCAGGACCCUGACGGCAUUACGGAAACUCUGAUACUCAACAAUCUUGGAAAUGGACCUCUGACUAUCCAGAGCGUUCAAUAUUCAUCAACUAGUUCCUCUGGCCCUUGGCAAACAUGGAAUGGAUCGGGCAAUUUGACAGUCGGCAAGUUUACUUUCCAAAAGAUGCCUACUUCUCUCGGACCUCAAUCGAGUGCUGCUAUCCAAAUUCAGUUUGAUGGCUCUGAAAGUGGUACUUUCUCCGGCUUUGUCACGUUUGUAUCCAACGGUGGCAACCAAACUGUUUCUAUCGCUGGUUCUUCCGGCCCUGCUGCCGUUGCACUGCUUGAGUUUCAGACCCCAGAUGAGUCUGGUUGGACAAAAUAUGUCAAUGGCACUCCCUUUACUUUUGGAAAUGUUACCCAGAACAACGGUCGCUCGCUCAAGUUCCGCAUUACCAACAAUGCAACAAAGGGCGGCGUCAACCUGUCCCUUACCGUUUCAAAGCCACCUUUUGGCGUCGCCGGUCUCAUUCGAGCCAUCAACCAGGUAGACCUUGCAGAGGGAACAUCUUUGGCUCCAGGAGAGAGUGCGAACGCCACCCUCACCUGUACCGUCCCCAAAUCCCAGUGGGAUGUCGAUCCUUACAACGGCACUGCACAAUGGACUUUGAACACCAAUGACCCGAACCUUGGAAAGCAGUUUAUACAGUUCUUUUGUCAGGCUGUGUCAGAGCAGGCUCCCCCUCUGCUGCCCAACAGCGACCAGAGCCGAUACCGAUAUAUUGGAUGCUACAAGGAGAACAACCCAGGCCGCCAACUUUCCAACCAGCUUUACGGAAGUGAUGACAGCACCAACGCCAUGUGUGUCUCUGCAUGCGCUGAUAAGAACUAUGCCUACUGCGGCACUCAAUACCAUACAGAGUGCUGGGGAGGCAACACCAUUCCCAAUCUCAAGGUGGACGACUCUAACUGUAAUUACUACUGCGGUGGAGAUAUCAAUCAGGUGUGCGGUGGAAACGGCGAUGGCACUGCGGCGUAUAUCUCUGUUUUUGCCGAUGCCCUUCAACCGGGAGAUGGCUCUACGAAUCCUCCGCCACCAACCGGAGGCCCUGUUGUGAAUCCCGGCGUUGAUGGCUAUGCUAGCAUUGGAUGCUACACUGAAGCCACCGACGCGCGUGCUCUUCCUUACGAAGUGGACACUGAUAAGCGGACUGUGGCUCAAUGUGUUGACGCCUGUAAAGUUGGUCAUUACACUUAUGCCGGUGUUGAAUAUGGGGGCGAGUGCUGGUGCGGUGAUUCCUUUGGCGAUGGGGCGGUUUCUGCUCCCAUCACAGAUUGUGCAAUGACUUGCAAUGAUAAUUCUACCGAAUAUUGUGGCGGCCCGAAUCGUCUUAACGUAUAUAAACUCGACACUACUGCUGUGUCUACGACGGUUUCUACCACUGUUGAUGAGAGUACCACGGCAAUUGCAACUACAACGAGUGUUUCUUCCAGCAGCCCGACACCCACUGGUCCGGUUGUUAAUCCUGGCCAAGAUGGCUACAAAAGCAUUGGAUGUUAUACCGAAGCGACAGACGCUCGAGCUCUUGCCAAUUUCAUCGAGACAGCCAACCAAACGGUCGCGGACUGUCUGCAGGUGUGCAAGGCGGACGGCUAUACCUAUGCUGGCCUUGAAUAUGGCGGAGAAUGUUGGUGCGAUAAUUCAUUUGGCAAGGGAUCCGUUCCCGCACCUAUCGAGGACUGCAGCAUGACUUGUAACGGCAACUCGACAGAGUAUUGCGGUGGUCCGAACAGGCUCAAUGUGUACCAGCUCAAGAAGUUGGCCACCACAACCUCUGUGCCCGCAACUACUGUGCCUGCGACCACUGCCUCUGCGAGUUCAUCAGCAACAGCCAUUGCAACUCCUACUGGCCCCGCGAUCAAAAAAUCCGUCAGAGGUUACACAUACCAGGGAUGCUGGGAGGAGCCGCCUAAUGAUCGAGCCAUCAUUGAGCAGAUGUAUGCUAACGACUCGAUGACACUCGAGUCUUGCGCCGAUUUCUGCAAAGGCUUCACUUACUUUGGCACUGAGUACGGUAGAGAAUGCUACUGUGGUAAUGUCUUGAAGGAAGGCAGCCAAAAGGCCGCUAAUCAAGAUGACUGCUCGUUUCUUUGCGCUGGUAACGACAAGGAAUACUGCGGCGCUGGGUCCAGACUCGAACUGUACAAGCUCUUAACGAAUGCUACAACAACCGCAACACCAUCCAGCAGUCCAACGGCGCCUAGUGAACCAUCUAGCACCCCGACAACGCCUAGUGGUAUUACAGACCCCGUCAUCUUCCAGGGCAACAAGAACUUUACCUUUUAUGGAUGUUUCUCAGAGCCUUCGGCAGGUAAGCUGAUGGACAACCAAGCUUACAACAACGACACAACCAUGACACCUCAGGUCUGCUUCUCUCACUGUGCGCAGUACAAGUACGCUGGUGUCGAGUAUGGCCAAGAGUGUUGGUGUGGCGACACUCUGGAUCUUGCAGGCUGGGAAGACUCUACGCCAGGCAAGAAUGUGACGGUUGACGAGUGUAAUGUUGUGUGCCCUGGAAACUCUACGGAAUACUGUGGUGCUGGAAAUAGGCUGCAGCUGUAUGUGAAGAAGACGGCUGUUAGUCGACGAUGGUGA